AUGGAGGACCUCUUCGGCUUCGUCAUAGCAGAGUUCCAGAAGAAGAGCACGCUGGAUCCGAGUGAAUUCGAAGCCCACUUCUUGGAAUGCAAGCGGCAGUCUCGCACCUACGUGCUGGAAGACCGGUGUCCUGCCAACGAGGAUCCCAUGGUCUGGGUUCCCAUGCGCUACAACGAUGACACCAUCCUGAAACAGCAGAAGCUGGCCCACGAGCUCUGGAUGGACGUCCUCUCUGUCGAGGCAUCCGGAGCCCGGGAGCAGAUCUUGGCGUUAAGCUGCAGGGUUUAG